GAGACACUAGGGUGCAAUUAGUCAAGAAUGGGGUGAGCUGUUUCAGCCCUUGCACAAGCAUAGAGUUUCUGCUCCCUGGACUCUAGACUGACGGGAACAAGGACAUCACAUUAAGAUUAUUUCAACACAGGUCAAAAUCUGUUAGAAUCUGGUUUCGACAUCCAAUUGAAACUAUGACUCUGAGGGCCACUUCUCAUGGAGAACUCCAGACUCUCACUUCAUUGAAGACCUCUGCUUCAGACAGUGGUAUGUUUAAGUCCCUUUCUCACAGCAGCAACAACAUGGGCAGCCGGUUUGAGAGCAUCGAGGAGAUUAAAGGAGUUUCAAAGCCCACACAUCCUGCUCGAAGACCUGUACGUGCAGUCCGACCCGUCAGCUCUCUGAGCAAUAGUGGCUCAUUCCUUCAUAUCAACCACCUGCAGGGGGAACUAGUGAGGAAGAGGAAGGAAUGUGAAGACUUGAAAAAGGAAAACAAGUACCUGUCUAACGAAAUUCACAUGGAAAGGAUCGUGAUGAGGACUGAGAGUGAGCUCACCAUGAGGAAUCUGCGCAAUCUCAAUCAGGAACUCCAGGCCCACGUUAAAGAGAUGAAACAGAAGCUGCAUCUCAGCCAGCAGAGAGCAACUCUAUGUUCCAGGGCAGCUGAGGAUGCUGAGAGAGCUCGGGCAGAGGCGGACAAGAGCAGGGCACUAGCGGAGGCCCGCGCUCUGGACAGCAGGCAAGAGAAAGAUCUUGCAGUAUCUGACAAAAUACGGCUCGGUGAGGAGCUGCAACAGCUGAAGAAAGAGCACACCAAUGUCCAGCUGCUUUUAGCCCAGACUGAAAAGAAUUACUUUGAGACCAAUAUUAAAUUAGACAGAGUGUCAGGAGAAAAGCAGGUUCUUUUGGAGGAGAACAGAGUGCUGGAAGAUGAGAGGAACACAUUACGGCACAAACUGAAGGAACUGAUAGAGGAGAAUGUGAAGAUAAUGGAAAAAGAAGUGAUCUCCAGACGCAGAGCUCUGGUUGCUGAAGAGCAAAGCGAGAUGGCCAAUAAAGCCAAGCAGGAAGCUGAGCAGGAAAGACAUCUAGCUGAGAGGGAUAGGCAAGAUCGCACCAGAGAGUGCCUCAACUGGAGAGAAAAACACCAGGCCCUUGCAGAAAUCAUCAGGGCACAGGAAGAGUUGAAGUCUCAAAGGCAGACCAAAGGAUGUCAAGCUAAUAUUAAGAGCUACUUCCUGUGUAUGACUGAGAGUGACCAGAGGGUUAAGAUUCUUAAAAAUCAAGAUGGCACACCAAGGAACUUCACAGAAGGAGAUCCAGUGUACAUCUCCACACCCGACCCAAACAGUGAGGAUUCUGAGAGGAGUUCAGGGAGAACCAUGUUCAGGAUGGCUGCACCUCGAGUUGGAAUGGCGACUGGCCCCGCCCACUUCAGGGAGCUGUCACCAAUGGGAGAUUCUCAUGAUUCUGGUUUUUCAAGGAGCAGGAAAGUGGUUGAAUAUUUUUGGAUCCCCACUGAUGAGGAAUAACGGUGAACAGGCUAUAUAAAUGGUACAAAAAAAUAAAAUUGCUGUAACAUGUUGAA